UGUGUAUUGCUAGAGAAAAAAUAAAAACAUGCACCCAGGGAAACUCUGAAUCAGGCCAUUACCCAUUUCAAGGUUCUUUCCAAAGAAUAAUUAUUCUUUCUGAAUAUUUAGAACCCUGCCAUGUCUUGUCCUACCUGGCUGCCUCCGAAAACUCCGGGUAGCCCAGAGAGACCCGUUCCCCAGAUGUCCGACUCUGGACUAGCCGUGUACAGACAGCUGCCCAAGGUCUCCUCGGACACCCGGCCCAAGUAUGUGGUCUAUGACCAGAACGGAGGGGGAGGAAUGGCCACUAGGGACAUGGCUUCUGGACCCACAGCUGGGCCCAUUCAGCACCACCAAGAGGACCCAGGGUUUCACCCUAAAUCUAAUGACCACUACUACCAACCACCUCCCCAAGGUUUCGAAGAAGACCAAUCCUGGAACCCUCACAUGGAACGCUACCAGCUUACGCACUGGGUAACUCCUGAGACGCUCAUUGGACACCACUCCAACAGUGAUGCGGAGAUUGACUCACUCACCUGCAUGCUGGCUGAUCAGGACUGCCAUUCACUAAACGGCACGCAGCUGUACGACAAUGUGCCUUACAACAAAUACAUCUUGGGGGACCGCUACACACCCUCAGCCCAGCCAGGAGACGCAUCUCAGGGAGAGCCAUCUAUGGGUUUCCCACCUCAGUCCAUGGACCAUCCUACACCCCCAAACCACAGUUAUCCCCACCAGGGUCUCCAGUACUUCCCCCAGCCAGACGACACCGACGCCCAGGUCUCCAAACCCUACCCCCAGCCUGUCCCUGCCUCCUACACUACCGCCUCCACCCCUACUGGCCCGAGGUUCAGUGUCCAGGUCAAAACAGCCCAAACUGUCACCUACUUCCAGACUGGUAGGCAAGCUGAGCAGGCUUACACUCCUCCCCCACACCGCCAUCAUGCACUGCGGUCCCUGCCCAAMAAUCAGACUGGRCCCCAGGGCUGGUACCCUCCCCAKCCUGCUUCCCAAGCCCAGGAGCUGCACUCUGAGAGGGGUUACAAGGGGAGUGCRGCAGGGUUUGGAGGGAGAGCUACCCAGUGCCCCAUAUCCAAUAGAGGCCCAGAGACUCACGAAUCAGGGUCAGCACCAAGCUCCGCCUGUCAGCCCAGUAAGCAGGGGACAGCAGCUCCGAGGCCAGAGGAUGAGUUGAACCAGCUCACUAAGAAGUUGGUGUAUGACAUGAAUCAUCCCCCUACAGAGGAAUACAUUGGUCGCUGUGCACGUUGCGGCGACAAAGUCCUUGACGGCAGCGACUGUAUUACCAUGGAGCAGGUGUUUCAUGUGGAUUGUUUCACCUGUGUCACCUGCCACGCUCAUCUCCGGGGGCAACCGUUCUACGCCAUUGACAAGCAGAGCCACUGCAGGAGCUGUUACAUUAGUGUCCUAGAGCGCUGCUGCAUGUGCUCCAAGCCCAUCCUGGACCGUGUCCUYCGGUCCAUGGGCAAUGCCUACCACCCGCACUGCUUCAACUGCGUGGUGUGUGGCUGCUGCCUGGACGGCGUGCCCUUCACCGUGGACGCCACCUACCAGAACCACUGUWUAGACGACUUCCACAGGAAGUUUGCCCCUCGCUGCUCAGUGUGUGGCCAGGCCAUCAUCCCUGGACUGGGCCAGGAGGAGACGGUCAGUAUAGUGGCGCUGGACCGCAACUUCCACGUCAACUGCUAUGUGUGUGAGGAGUGUGGUCUGCUCCUGUCGGCUGAGGGUGAGGAGCGAUGCUGUUACCCCCUGGACGGUCACAUCCUGUGUAAGGGCUGCAACGCCCAGCACAUCCUGAACCAAACGUCAAAAUCUCCACUGACUGCUAACCAACUAGGAAGUCACCUCUGACCUUUAACCAAUGACCCCUCAACCCUUCCAUUACUUUCACCUACUCUGGGGUAAAAGUUGGCCUAAAYAACAGAUCUGGAAUUAGUUCUACCCCCUUUCUGAUACAUAACCUUAACCACAAGGGGAAGAUGUUAAACUGACUUUAGAUCAGUGUCGAAGGGCAAUUUAUAUUGCAUAUAUAUUUUGUAUUCUACUAAAGUCAAUAACAGUGCUGAACUGCCUCAUAAGCAAAGUGCACAUAUGCAAGGUAUUUCUGUGACUGAGUUUAUAUUGCAGGUGGUUUUGGUUGUGGCGUGAAUGUGUUUGGAGACCUUUCAUUGUAGCGCUAGUGGGUGUUGUGCAGUGAAUUGAAUAGAGUUUUUAGAGAUUGAUUAGAGAGAACAAGAUCCCUGAAGUCAUUGCUUUGAUCUCAUUGGAUMUUACUACAGAAUUUAGGCUGUCCAUAUAAUGAAAUCUUGAACCACAUGUCAGAACACAACAUAAUAUUUUAUUUCACAGGACAGUGAUUUGUAUACUGAUAAUUGGUACUGCGUUUCAGAAUGUUACUUGUAUACCAGUCCAAACCCUCUUUUAAAAUGUGAAUGUGCUUUUUAGAUAUUUUACCUUGGGUCAAUUUUACACUUUAAUAUGAAGAUGAAUACGACGCAAUGAAGUAUGCCUGUCUUACUGAGAAACGGAUCUCCAUGCUUGCCAAGUGUAAGCUUAGCCUUAGGAGUUUGAUUUGUUGACCGUGUUUUAAGUAACUCUGCGACAUUGUGUUGAUGUAAUUUCUCCUUGAGAUUCUCCAUCCCGCUGUCUUUGUUUUUAAUGUAAAAACUUCUAUGUUUUGAAGCUUCUCUUCUGACAACAGACCCUUAAUAUCAAUUCUAUUGUGUUCUUUGUCCAGAAUCAUGUUUUGUUUCAGUAUUUGAUUCUUCACAUAUAGGUCAAUGAGCACAAUGAUAUCAAGGUCCCUGUGAGCACUAUUAGUUGCAUUUUUCACUUUAUUUCAACUUCUGUUGUGCUGCUAUUGUCACUAAGAUAAUGUAUGUCUGUGAUUAUGAGGGUACGGGUCAGCACCUUGUUUUCACAAAUUUUAUUUUUCACAGCAUCCUAUUGAUAAGUGAUGUAGAAUAAUCAUAUUUGUCCAUGAGAGGAAUGUACUGAGCAGGUGGUUUGUACAAUUUGACUCAAGUUAGAAGUAGGUGUGUGAAUGAUUAGCUUUUUUUUUCUUCGAUAAUGCUGAUUGUAGUAUGAUCAAAYACAAUAAACCAUCCUUUUU